GAGUGCCUGCGUGGAACUCCAACUCGGAGUUGCAGUAGAUGAUAGGUCGUACAACAUUUUCCUCUCUGAAGUCCGACUUACAAAGUUACAAUCCCCACAAUGCAAACCCUAAUUUCCGUAAAUCCUAUUAAUUAUUCAAAUCCUAAAUUCUCACCCGCAAAAUUUCUCUUUGAUUUUCCCUCACUUUCUCGGGAAAGCCGAAGCCUUUUUCGUUUUACACGCCGAAAAUGGCUUCAAAGCCACGAAACCCACAUCAUUUGCUCUGCAAGCGCUUCUUGUACCUCCGCCUCAGCGAGUUACGGCGGGUGGGACGAGCUGAAACUCGUCAGCGACUCGGAGCGCUCCGGUGAGUCGGAUCAGUUUCGUAAUUUCCUGGUUUCUGUAGGGAUCGAUGAUAGAAAGCACAUAUUUGUGUUUCUUUUGGGGCUUGUGUGUGCCUUGGCCAUUUCUAGGGUUAGGGUUUCUUCGAUUGUUGUGUUUCCAGCUUCUGUUUUGGUUUUUGCUUUUGGGUUUUCGUUUGGGUUUGUUCGUGGUGGGAGUUUCAGUGAGGUGAGUGUAAAUGGAGGUAAGAGAAAGGCAAAAGAGGAAAACUUUAGGGUUUAUACUGAGAAAUUGAGGAACUUGGUGAAUUUUUUUGAUCGUUUUGAUGUAAAGGUUAAUAAUUUAAAGAAUGAUAUACAAAAAGCUAUUGAUAAUAAUGAAAUUACAGUAGGUGAUUUGGAAAAUUAUGUAAAUGUGACGGAAUCGAUUAGUUUAUCAGCUUUGAAUGCGAGGAAUGUUGUUGAGGCUUCUAUUGAUAAUGUGGGGAACUCUAAUGUUGUGUUAGUGGAGAACCAGAAGCCAAGUAGAAGAAAGAAAGAGCUUGGUGAAAUUGGGUUUGAGUUGUUGCAAUCUGUUUCAGGUUUGUUUGGAGAGAACUUGGUUGGUUCUAAGCCUAAUAAAGUGAAAGAUAACGGCAAGCUUGAGACUGUAGAGAGCGUUGUAAAUGAUCAAACUCAGGCAAAUAUUUCGACUUCUACAGCUGACGAAAGUGAUUUCAAUUUAGUUAAUAAUAAUAAAGGAAAUGGCAGUUUGAAUGCAUCUCGAAAUUCAUCAAAUAAAACUGCUUUGGAUGAGGAUGAAGGUAGACGAAUACAAAUUGGCUCAGAAUACGGGAGAAUUGGUUCAGGGGAGAUGGGCGGCAGUGCUAAAGGGUUUAUGGACGGCAGAGAGUAUAGUUACCGAAAUAACAGUUUGCGGUUUACAAAUAAUCGUAGUUUUUCGUUGAAGAUGGGUCGUGAUAACAAGACUGAGAUGUGGGAAUCUCAAGAUAAUUUGUUUAACUCUGAGGAGUUUAGAGUUAGUAUGAAACAUAUGGGAACUGAAGCAUCCUUUGUGGAAGAACAGAUGCUUAAGAAAUCCAGUGAAGCUUACCAGACUUCUCUAAACAAGGAGAAGAGCGACAAUGAGACUUACAGGUUUCAAUUUAGAGAAGAUAGGUUUAAUCAGGAAGACGAUUCCCAUAUGACUAAUCUCCUGUCUUCACAGGAGGGUGAGGUUGGUUCCUCUUCAUCUCCAAAGGUUUCAGAUGAUGUGAUGUUUGAUAGGUAUCUUACAGAAGCGAAUGGCCUUCUGCAACAAGCAAAGGAGUUUUUAAGGAGUAGGCAUGAUGAAGAGCGUGUGGAGAUCAUAUUGUACAGGUCCGCCAAUUUACUCUCCAAAGCCAUCGCUUUGAAGCCAAUGAGUUUGUUGGCUGUUGGCCAAUUAGGCAAUACCUAUCUUCUUCAUGGAGAACUAAAAUUGAAGAUCACUCGUGCAUUGAGAAGAACUCUUCUUUCCGGACAUGGUCCCUUACCUAUUGAGAGACAAAAUGGAGUACUUAAGCAACUAGAUGAUCGAAUCACUAGUAAAGAUGAAAUUGCAUCUGUCCUUGUUAAUGUGUGUGAAGAGUGUGAAGAACUUCUUGUGGAAGCUGGCAGAAAAUAUAGGCUGGCAUUAUCAAUUGAUGGGAACGAUGUAAGGGCACUAUACAAUUGGGGCCUUGCUCUCUCCUUCCGUGCACAAUUAAUUGCAGAUAUUGGACCGGAAGCUGCUUUUGAUGCUGACAAAGUGUUCUUGGCAGCAAUUGAUAAAUUUGAUGCUAUGAUGUCAAAAGGCAAUGUUUAUGCACCUGAUGCUCUGUUCAGAUGGGGUGUGGCUUUGCAGCAAAGAUCUCGCUUACGGCCGAGUAAUAGUAAAGAUAAGGUCAAGCUACUGCAGCAGGCAAAGAGGCUAUAUGAAGAUGCACUCCAGAUGGACACCAACAAUCUCCAAGUAAGAGAAGCCCUAUCAACAUGUAUAUCUGAGCUUAGCUUCAGGCACUACUAGUCAGUUUCAACGAAAGAAUGAACUCAAUCUUCUCAUUACUGCAUCACUAUUUGCGCGUGUAUUCUAUUUUCCAUCUUUUGAGUGCAAAAUGCAGUGAUGGAUAGCCUCUUCCAUAAAGGUUGUAUCCAAUCUCCCACUUUUGUGGGGUCUAGAAGAGGAGAUUGGUUCAGAUAGCCUCCUUCCAUCCUCACAUAAUAUUAAGAAUAACGUUGAUGUAAAAUGUAAAAGAAAUCCUUUCUUCUUGCUCUCUUUACCAGCAAA